AUGGGAAACCAAACCUCAGUGACAGAGUUCAUUCUUCUUGGACUAACAAAUGAUGUCAAGCUUCAAGCCCCACUUUUCCUUUUUCUGUUCUUCACUUAUAUCUUCAGUAUCACGGGCAACUUGGUCAUCAUCACUUUGACCCUGCUGGAUUAUCGCCUCCAGACUCCUAUGUAUUUCUUCCUCCGUCAUUUCGCAUUUUUGGAAGUAUCUUUUACCUCUGUCUUUGUUCCCAAAAUGCUAGUCAACAUUGGAACUGGAGACAAGACUAUCUCCUUUGCUGCUUGUUUCACCCAGUAUUUUUUUGCAAUCCUUCUGGGAGCGACGGAAUUUUACCUCUUAGCUGCCAUGUCCUAUGACCGCUACGUUGCCAUUUGCAAACCCUUGCAUUACACAGCAAUCAUGCACAGGGGACUUUGCCAAGUCCUUGUCCUAAGUUCCUGGUUCUCUGGUUUUGUGGUUGUCAUUGUGCCGCAUACGAUGACUCUUCAGCUGCCAUUCUGUGCCUCGAACGUCAUCAAUCACUAUUGCUGUGACUAUACCAUUCUGCUGCAUUUAUCCUGUUCAGACACACAUGCCAUCGAAGUGCUUCAGUUUGUCCUCGCCGCCGUGACCUUGAUUCUCACCUUGGUGCUGGUGAUUCUUUCUUAUGCAUACAUUGUCAGGACCAUCCUGAAAUUCCCUUCUGCUCAGCAGAGAAAGAAAGCUUUCUCUACAUGUUCCUCUCACAUGAUUGUGGUCUCACUUUCUUACGGCAGCUGUAUCUUCAUGUACAUAAAUCCUUCUGUGAAAGAGGCAGCCAAUUUUAAUAAGAGAGUGGCCGUUUUAAACACCUCCCUUGCCCCUCUGUUGAACCCAUUCAUCUACUCGCUGCGAAACAAGCAAGUGAAAACAGCCUUCAGAGACAUGAUCAGUAAGAUCAUUUUUACAAAAAAGUGA